AUGGGAGUGGUCCAUCAGCCCACCAAUGGGCGGGCGGGAAUGUGCAACACCCACCGUCCAUGUGGGGUGAUGCUGAGUCCCGGGCCGGUGGACGCUCGCUAUAAGAUGUGCGAGGUUGGCGGGUGUCUGCAGGCGCUCUGUCCAGGUGCAAGCGGAAUUGAAAGCGCAGCGACAGCAGGAACAGCAGAAGCAGACGAGAUGCAGCCAGUGAGGAAGGACAAAAAGAACGCGCCGCACAGAGGACUUCUGGAACGUUUAGCGUCCGGGGAGAUCAUUAUUGGAGAUGGGGGAUUUGUUUUUGCACUUGAGAAGAGAGGAUAUGUCAAAGCUGGUCCUUGGACUCCAGAAGCAACAGUGGAACAUCCAGAGGCAGUGAGGCAGCUGCAUCGUGAAUUCCUCCGAGCAGGUUCCACAGUCAUGCAGACAUUCACUUUUUAUGCAAGUGAUGACAAGUUGAUGAACAGAGGGAAUUAUGUGCAACAAAAGAUUUCAGGCAACAAGGUGAAUGAAGCUGCGUGUGACAUUGCUAGGGAGGUGGCCAAUGAAGGCGAUGCCCUAGUUGCUGGUGGAGUCAGCCAAACACCUUCCUACCUGAGCAACAAAAGUGAGACUUUAGUUAAGGCCAUCUUCAGAAAGCAGCUGGAUGUUUUUGUCAAGAAGAAUGUCGACUUCCUUAUUGCUGAGUACUUUGAACAUGUAGAGGAGGCGGAAUGGGCAGUUCAUGUUAUGAAGGAGUCUGGCAAAGCUGUCGCUGCCACAUUGUGCAUUGGCCCAGAAGGUGAUAUGGCCGGGGUAUCAGCUGGGGACUGUGCUGUCCGACUUGUAAAAGCAGGUGCUGACAUCGUUGGAGUGAACUGCCAUUUUGACCCAGCCACUUGCCUUAAAACAGUGAAACUUAUGAAGGAAGGAUUGGAAGCUGCAAAACUAAAGGCACACUUGAUGGUGCAGCCUCUUGCCUUUCAUACACCUGACUGCAGCAAGCAGGGAUUCAUUGAUCUACCAGAGUUUCCAUUUGCUCUGGAACCACGAAUUGCCACCAGAUGGGACAUGCAUAAAUAUGCAAGGAAUGCGUAUGAUCUGGGCAUCAGAUACAUUGGUGGCUGCUGUGGCUUUGAGCCUUAUCACAUUCGGGCCAUUGCAGAAGAAUUGGCAACUGAGAGGGGCUUCCUGCCAGCAGGUUCAGAGAAACAUGAUGCCUGGGGCAGUUGUCUUGCCAUGCACACAAAGCCAUGGGUGCGAGCAAGAGCUCAGCGGGCAUAUUGGGAGAAAAUGUUGCCUGCCACUGGCCUACCAUAUUCACCUUCCUUCUCAAAGCCAGACAGCUGGGGUGUGACCAAAGGAGAUGAAGUGCUCAUUCAACAAGUUGAAGUGACAUCUAAUGAUCAACUGAAAGAGAUGUUUGAGAAGCAGAAGAGAUUUGCUGGAAUCGUAGCAUAAUUUUUACUCUGUAAUAACCAAAAGACCAAAUAAGCAAAUAAAAGCUUGACCCGGUGAAUGUCA